AUGGAGUGUGGGUGUGAGCUACAAUUAUCAAGUCAACCCCUGUGUUGGAAGAAGAAGAAGAAGAAGAAGAAGAAGAAGAAGAAGAAGAAGAAGAAGAAGAAGAAGAAGAAGAAGAAGAAGAAGACAGAGGGCACCAGAAUGAGGGCUUUGAUGUAUACAGAACCCGGAGUUGUCCUCUCAGGCGGCAGUGGCAAUUGGCAAAGCCAGGGCUGA